AUGAAGCAGUUCGACGCAGAAGCAGACGCCAUUGAAAAUGGUGUUAUCUGUGUGCUUGGCAUCCUCUUGUAUAUCGCUACCGUUCAUCAGCGCUGGCGUCACCUCAAGGCCAAGCCUGGCGGGGAGAAGUGGUACUGCCACAUCUCUCUCGUCCUCUUGUCCAUUUUCGUCAUUGGUAGCAUACUAUGCUCGUUGUGGUUUGGUAUCGCACGCAGCCGCGACUCACCGGCGCGCGUUCCCAGCGUCAUCUGGAAAGCAAUAAUGGUCUUGUGUCUCACCGUCUCUAAGCUGCAUAUCUUCAAUCAAGCUCUACGUCCACAGAAGCUCAUCGGGUACUAUGCCUGCAUAUCAAUUCUGCCAGUAGUCUGGGUCGGGGUUAGUGUCUGGCAAAAGCGGUAUGCUGCGCUAUGGGUCUUUCCGGGCUGGAUUUACUUGAUUUGUGCGGCUGCUUUUCUCAUACAAUCGGUCCGAAUAUGCAAGCAGGCUUGGAGUCGACGUCGCUGUCUUAUGCUUGGUCUGAUGAAUGCGCUCGCUGGGACGUUGACUGCUGCGCCAGGCAUAUUUUCGGUUCUGAUUGUGACGCCUCCAUUUUAUUUCGUCGAGCAAUGUUUCAUUAUCUUUCUUGAACUGACCCUUACGGUUGUCACCCUGCGAGUCUCUCCCAUCUCGCCCGUUGCCGAAUUCCCGGACGAGUCAAUUCUGAUAGCCUCGAUCUCUAGUGAGGAUGCAGCUUCUAAUCUGGUUGUGAUCAUGAGCGAGCUAGAUAAAAGCUGUGAAUUAUCCGAGCGUGUCAUCGCUGGUAUGAAAUUUGAGAGAUGUGGGACAUCUGCGUGGUGUCCCAUGAGUUUGGAUGCUGCGACGUAUCCUUGUGAUUAUCAUUGCGAUAUGUUAUCGUUCGACGACAAUCGACUCAUAAGCGCACCCGUCAAGUGGCCUGUCAGGAUUCUUGACGUUGGAACUGGGCCUGGAAUACUGGCGGGGGAGCUGGCGAAGCGCUUCCCAGACGCAGAUGUAAUAGGACUGGACUUCUUCAGCAACUCACCAGCCGAAUUUCCAGAGACUUGCGAGUACCAGUCUGGCAACAUCGAUGAGCCUUGGGAGUUUGAAACCGGGUACUUCUGUCUCAUCGUCAUGCGGAAUGUCGGAGUAUACCUCAGACAUCACAAAUGGUGUAGAAUUUACAGCGAAAUUCUACGCUGCCUCAGACCAGGAGGGCAUUUUGAGCAUAGCGAGAUAGACAUCUUGUCUGACAAGCCAAUGGUGGAGCGCUGUCUACACUAUGAGCUCAGCCGGACAAAUUUCCCGUCUCUCCCGGCGUGGGAGCGCUACGAAAUUUUGUCAGCUUUUGCUUCUCUCUUCAGAGGCCGGCAUUUCAACAUCGCGCACAAUACGCAUAACCGAUUUACCGAGGCUGACUUUGCCAACAUCACUCAAGAGAAGUCGGGCUCUCAGCCUGCCAUCUCGACGGAGAUCUUGGGAACCGAAUCGCCGCUCUCCAUUCGAUGUUGCAGAGCCCCAAUUUGA